CAUAACUGGCAACUGUCUGAGUACGUACGAUGUCACUCAGUUUCUUCCAAGAUGUCGAGGCGAAAGAACGCGGCUGUUAUCGUGGUCUACCAGACAGUGCCGGGCCUUUUCGAAGCCUUGAAGGAGGCUUUACCCGACGCUGAUAUUAGGAAUGCAUCUCUGGAAACGUCUGAGAUAACAGGAGAUGCCUCUGAACACUUGCGUCGCAAAGUCACUGCCAGUGAGCUGUCUGUGAUGCAAGAAGCAGACAUUCUCGUGCUGUACAGUUUCACUCUAAUGCAGGUCACUCAAGACUUGCCCAAACUGAAAUGGGCGCAACUCUGCGACACCGGACCCGGCCACAUACUCCGCACUCUUCGGAAGGAUAAGCCUGCGCCUUCUUACGUCAUGACGCGCAACGUCUCCAAGGGGAUCGGGCGCCUCAUGGCCGAGCACGUCAUCGGUCAGGUCAUCUGCCACGAGAGGUCGUGGCACCUACUUCGGGAGAACCAGCUUCGGAGGAAGUACGAACAGAGGAACAAAUUCACUUUGUAUCGGAGUCUCAGUCAGAUCACCGUAGGCUUCCUUGGGCUUGGCCCCAUGGCACUGGAAAUGGCUGCGUCUUUGAAGCACUUUGGGAGUCGGGUACACGGGUUCUCUAAAAGACCCAAAGGACCAGCAGAGAGAUCACCGCUCAUCGAUAAGUUCUGGCAUGGUGACCAACUGCCCUCCUUACUGGGUGAAAUAGACUACAUCGUGGCCGUCCUUCCAUCAACGCCCGAGACAAAGGGUCUGCUGGGGAAAGAUGUCCUCAAACACGCUAAGAGGAGCCCGGUUCUCAUCAACGUGGGGCGGGGCGAUCUCAUAAGCGAGGGCGACCUACUCAAGGCCCUUGACGUCGGGUGGAUCUCACACGCCAUGUUGGACGUCUUCGAGAAAGAGCCUCUCCCUGGGGAGAGCGCCCUCUGGGAGCAUCCAAAGACUGUCGGAUUACUACAAAUCCAAUUUCCUGAAUACCAAUCCAGGAAAAACACAAGUCUACGCUUUCCAUCUUAAAAACCCCUUUGCGCAAAGAGAGCUGGAGAUAAUCUGGGAGGGUAGGUGGCUAGACAACAACCAAUACCCAGUUUGUACCUGGAUAUCACUCUUAAUCCGACUCUCUCAUUCAGAGGGCAUGUACAGAACCUGAAGGCAAAACUCUCAAAAAGGAAAAACCUCAUGAGGCAGUUGGUGACUUCACAGUGGGGGACAAACUCAUGCAUACUGUGAAAAUGAACACUAGCACUUUGCUACACCACUUCUGGGUUCUGCUCCCCAGUUUGGAAACCAUCAUGCCAUGCGAGCAAUGUGGACGCUGAGCUGAAUGAGUCGUGUCGACCCAUCACUGGCUUGCACAAACCAACACUGCUACCACUGGUCUAUAGACUGGCAGGUAUCGCACCACUACACAUCCGCCAUCACUGUCAAUCAAGAACCCAGAAAUACCUACAAGAAACUUACAAUAUCACCACCAAGAAGUGACGAGACGUUUCCAGUCGAGAAAAAGCUUCAUGACGGUUGAAAGCCUGCAACCUAAGGAUGCCACAAAGUACAGGGUAGACAAUGGAAGUCAUACAACCAACUUCCAGAAGCUAUCGCAGUCCAAGAACCCUGGGAAUCAAUGCCCUUGGGUACUAGCUUACCAAGGAAGGAAUGGAGAACACUGAACAGGGCUCGCAGUGGCGUGGGAGAAUGAGGGAUAACCUCCACAAGUGGGGCCACAUUCUCUCAACCAAUUGUCCACGUGGCCAUCAAGUCCAAACCAUGACUCAUAUCCGGACCAACUGUGGAUUG